UCAUAGAAGAACCGAUGACAUCAAACAAUGGCCUCUCCCCCCUGAGGAUCAAGACCAGCCAAAGAGGGGCACCGUCUGGGGGGGCAAGCAAGAGAGGACGGGACACCUAUGAGAGUCCCAGGCCUGGAACCACAAGAUGACGACGGCCAAGUCUAAAACCCCACCAGCCGUGGCCAGCCAAGGCCUCUUCAACACGGCCAUGGGCCCGCUCCAGCGCCAGCUCCGCACGGGAGAAUACAACCUUUUCAAGUGGGCCUCCAUGUUCGAAAGCGACUUUGUCCAGGUCGGCAAGCGAGGGGGCACCCUGGACGUCCACAACCAAGUCCGCCAGGUGCGGGUGGCCAUUGCGGCCACUAGCCCCGGGCUGAAACUCCCCAACGUGCUCUUGAUGGCCCGGCAGAUCCUCCCUCACGAACAGCCGCCGCCCCACCAGGCCCGGUUCCGCUAUCCGAACGCGAGGUUCGAACUCACCAGGCUUUUUCCUCUGUGUUUUGUCAAGAUCUCCAUCCACGAUCUGGAGAAAAAACAGUUGCGCUUCAAAAUGGCCACCGGCCGGACCUUCUACCUCCAGCUCUGCCCUUCGCUGGACAACCAGCCCGACAACUUUGAGUCGUGGGUCAAAGUCGUCCACCUUCUGCGGCCCCCCUCCAAGUUCAGCCAGGAGCCCCCAGACCCGGACCCUAAAGAGUCUUGGAUAUCUUUAGCCACCCCUUGUUCCGGAGAAUCCCUCCUGCACCCUGUCGCGGAUUUGACGCGCCCGCUGCCCCAGGAUGCAGAGAGCACCAUUUUGGAUAAACUGAGCACUGUGGCAGAAGAAGACCAGGGGAUCAGCAAUCCGUCCGAGUCCUCAGAAAGUCCAUACGCCAACCUCAGCUUCGCCGGCGGCCCGCCCCCCACUUCAAACCCUUCGCCCGGCUCUGAAAGAAACCUGGAAGCGGAGACCCCUCCACCGUCAGAAGGAGAACAGGCCCAAGAAAGGUUUGGGGCGUCCCCCAAAGGCAACAAGGGGGAGAAGCCGAAGGACCGACCUGUAGCCAACAGGUACCCGAGAAAUCCGGUACUACGGGGUCAGGGGGAAGAUGGGAUUCGGAGUCCAAUGACAACGGCUGGUAGAUGGGUCCCCCUGUUUCGAAGUGAGCCCUUCCUGUCCGUUUCAUUCAUUUACGACCCAGGAGGUGGCAGCGAAGGUAAGUCAAGAGCGGAGAGGUGGCGGGAAGGGCCGUUCUGA